AUGCAGCUCACAAACUUGUUCGUUCUUGCAUCCGUCGCCCUGGGCGCUAUGGCUCAGUACGACGACGGCUUCUACAAUGAGGCUGCCUACGAGGGUGCUUUCGACGACAGCACAUAUGCCACAGAAGUGGUAGGUUAUCCCAUCCUUGCAAAGAAUGGCAUUGGUCUCACACAACGCAGGCUGUCGCAUAUGGAGGAAAUGGAGAAGAACAGGUUUUUUCACCUGAACACUGUGAAGUGCUUGAUCCCCCCGUGGUAUAUUGGGCUUAUCUCUGCUUAUGUACCCAAGACUUUCCUAUUUCCCACCGACAUCACAGAGCCGACCGGCGAAGCUCGUGAACUCUGCUCCAUCUCCCGACUACACACCCGCACGACUCCAAACAUGGUAACAAACCAGGAACUGAAUGACCGUCGAGAGCCUGGCUGCUCGGUUGUUCUUGCUGACAAGAAAUAUUUCCACGUGGGUAACUGGUUCAUGAAGCGAACCCUUCGGGAGCACGAGUGGCAAUCAGUCUUCGGUACGAUUCUCAUAGUUCCGCGGAGAACGUAUCCCCAGCAAUGGAAGAACGAUGCCGCAAUUUUACGGUUCCUUCGAAAAGAAACAAAUAUCCCGCUGCCACCGGCAGAAUGCACAUUUGAAGACGACGGGGCCUUUUAUUUCCAGUCACAAUAUGUAGACGGUAUCAGGAUGGAGAAGCUGGCGCAACAAGACAAGGAGGUAGUGAUGAAGGAGAUAGAACAGCAUGUAACAACGUUGCAAGCCCUUCGGUCAGAUCUUCCAGGUGUCCCAGGCGAAUCACUUUUAUGCCCCCCUGGACGGGUCACCGGGAUUUAUUGGAAGGUCAACAGCUGCUGGCGACCGAGGGAGAAGGGAGAAUACGUGUUUUGCCACAACAAUCUCAGAGAACACAACGUGAUAGUGGACCCUGAGACACUCAAGAUACAAGCGAUUAUUAAUUGGGAAUUCGGCGGUUUCUGGCCCGCGUGGUUUGAGAGGCCGUUCUGGAAGCGACGUGGUCCAAGUAUGGCUGUUGAAGGGGAGGAGGACAAUGUGGAACGAUGCCGUGACUGGCUCAUGAAUCACUGCGACGAAGUGGAAAUUCCCCUUGGUGGUGAAGAGCCAACAUCAGGUCAAGGCCGUCCAUGA